UCUGACACUACCCCUCCUUACCCCGCCACACCACCCCAACAACAAGCAAAAUGUCCUUCCACACCAGCUGCCAAAACAUCCACCUCAUCCACGAGAACGGCUCCACGCUGCUUCACGUGGAAGCCAGACGUCGCAACGGCGAGGUCGUCGCCCGCACUAUCCGUCUGGAUAGACACAUCGGAAACACUGAUGGCUGGUUCAUCUGGGGCGGUUCCAACUUCACCGAAUCCUCCCACGACAUCCAACUCGAGCACACGGAGCGCGGACCCAAGUUGACGGCGCAUUUGAGAAAGGCCGAUGGCGGAUACCGUGAGCUGCAGGGCAUUUAUCUCGCGGAUAAGAUUGCCAAUGAGGAUGGACAUUUGGUUUUCUUGGGACCUUAAAUCACCAUAUCUGAUGGAUUUGGACUCAGUGGACUGGAUGCAAAUGGUGGGUGACAACGAUAUUUUUAUCUGGUAAAUUGUAAAUUGUUAGUGCAUGCAUAGCGAAUGAAGCAUUCUUUCAGA